ACGCUAGAAGCAGAGAACGGAAACUCGGAACGAGUAUGCCGCGCUUUCACUGGAGACGGUCCUCGUAGAAGUGUUCCUUUCCUGUCGCGGGGCGCGUGGAGUUGGAUUGUGGGUCUCUGACACCCGAAAGUUGACCGCUUCUAAACGCGCGGAGGACUGCACCCGGCAGCCCAGCUGCCGUAACCAUGCCACAAAACGAGUAUAUUGAGUUACACCGUAAGCGCUAUGGAUAUCGUUUGGAUUACCAUGAGAAAAAGAGAAAAAAGGAAGGUCGGGAGGCUCAUGAACGUUCAAAGAAGGCAAAAAAGAUGAUUGGUCUGAAGGCUAAGCUCUACCAUAAACAGCGCCAUGCUGAGAAAAUACAAAUGAAGAAGACUAUUAAGAUGCAUGAGAAGAGAAACACCAAACAAAAGAAUGAUGAAAAGACGCCUCAAGGAGCUGUACCUGCCUAUCUACUGGACAGAGAGGGACAGUCCCGAGCUAAAGUACUUUCCAAUAUGAUUAAACAAAAACGAAAAGAGAAAGCGGGAAAAUGGGAAGUCCCUCUGCCCAAAGUUCGUGCCCAGGGAGAAACAGAGGUAUUAAAAGUUAUUCGAACAGGAAAGAGAAAGAAAAAAGCAUGGAAGAGGAUGGUUACUAAAGUGUGCUUUGUUGGAGAUGGCUUUACUAGAAAACCACCUAAAUAUGAAAGAUUCAUUAGACCAAUGGGUUUACGUUUCAAGAAGGCGCAUGUAACACAUCCUGAACUGAAAGCCACCUUUUGCCUGCCAAUACUUGGUGUAAAGAAGAAUCCCUCAUCCCCACUUUAUACAACUUUGGGUGUUAUUACCAAAGGUACUGUCAUCGAGGUGAACGUAAGCGAGUUGGGCCUGGUGACACAAGGAGGCAAGGUUAUUUGGGGAAAAUAUGCCCAGGUUACCAAUAAUCCUGAGAACGAUGGAUGUAUAAAUGCAGUCUUACUGGUUUGACAGCAGUUUCAUACAAAUAACUCCCUGUAAUUAUUGGAAGACUAUGCACCAAUCAGGAAAAUGUGACUGUGAUGUUUCUGCAUACUUCAAUUACUACAAUGGCUUACAUGUUUGCAGUCAUCAGGAGAACUGUUUUAUUGUAAAGAACAUUAAAAUGGCCCAGUUUUACUAAUUGGUAUUUGUUUUUGGGUCUGUUUAUCAUUUAGCUAUUCAUGAAAUUAAAUGGUAAAAAAAAAAAAGGCAGUUUAAGCAAUAUCCUGCUUCAUCAGUAUCUGUCAUUUCUGGAAAAGCCAGUGUAGUUGAAAAUACCUUUUAUCCUAAGAGUGCGCACUUAGUAUGGGGUCUAGGCUGUAAAAGUCUAUCUAUAACCUCAUUAUUCAUCAUUAAUCCUAAGAACUGUAGCAUUAACACACUUGGUAAUGUUUGUUACCUUUAUAAAGUAUUCACAUUAAAGAUACACAAGAAAAGGUACAUUACACUAAAUCGAAUUCAGAAGAACUUACUUAAGUCUUUUCACCUAUAAUUCUUAACUUCAGACAUUAAAUCAGUAGUUAGUAUUCUAAAAAUUUUCUUCUUUCAUCAUUUAUAAUACCUACUCAGAACUGUUUUCUAUUUAAAACAUGAAAAAACACCAAAAUGUUUAUACUCGAGCAUUUUCUAUGUUCUAAACUUAAGGUAGUAUAUUUUCAGAACUGGAAAUACUUGUUUAAAUAAGUUCAGGGAAAAUGAUCCUUUAAGGGAAAUAUAUUGAUAGUCACAUAUAACAUAAAAAAGAUAAUGUUAGCAUUAUAACUAGGUCAAAGCACUUUUGUGAUAUGAAUUAUAUGUUUGUGGCUUUAUUAUAGGGUAUCUAUAUUAAUCUAUAAUCAUUGUUUUAAAUUUGGUUUAUUUUUUUAAAGUCUGUCUUAAAGGUACAACAGUCUGAUUGAUUAACUGUGCCUUUAACAAAAUCAUUUUAAUGUCUAAACAAAUUAAGUAUCUAAACAUCAAUGAAAUUAUGGAAAAGAAAAA